AUGCCGUCGAGGCACGGGGGUCCCGGGGGCCCCGAAUCCCCACAGCUGCUCAGGGUGGAGCUGGUUUUACUGGGUGGCUGGAGGCCGGGCUGGACACUCUCUCCCUCCGCGGGCGGCCCUGGGACCCUCUCGGCAGGCCGGGGGGCUGGGGGGAGGCAGAAGGGGCCGGCGGAGCCGUGUUCACGGUGCGGAGGGCCGAGAGGACCGGACGGAUGGGCAGCGGCUGGCGAGGCUGCCCACGUGCCCCUGCCCGCCGGGGGCCCCCCCGCCAUGGCCAUUGUGCAGACGCUGCCAGUGCCCCUUGAGGCCGUAUCUGAGGGGGCCACACAGCUCCGCGCCACUGUCCGCUCACCCCCUGCCGCCAUGGGCAGCGUGGGCAGCCUCCUGCCCGUCCGGCCUCGCCACGACUGCGCAAGUGACGGGGACCCCUCCGCCGCCUCCUUCUGCAAGCAGGAGGGGCUACCCCGAGCCACUCCUGAGGAGCCCCGCGUGUCUGUGCCUGGUGUCACCCACUCCUACGCCAAUGGGGGCUUCUGUGGCGACUGGCUUGAUGCCUCCUCUCCUGCCAGCCCCUGCAGCGACUCAGAUGAUCUCCGUGAUGACCAAGCACCAAGUGAUCACCUUCGGGGGCCGCCCCCCAAGCUUGUACCUGUCUCUGGCAAGCUGGAAGAGAGUGUGGAGAAGACCCUGAUCCGCCCCAUGGCCUUCAAGCCAGUGGUAUCCAAGCUUCGGAAUGCCCAGCCAGGUACACGCCUAGGGCUCUCAGAGAGCCAGGUGAGCCUCACCCACUUGCUGGCUGCUGAGAAGCCUGGCUCUCUGAGCUGCCGUGCCAGCACACUCUCGGACUCGGGGCGCAACUCCCUCUCCAGCCUGCCCACUUACAGCACGGGCUGCAGCCAGCACCCAGAGGUGGGUGCCCUGCCGACCACCCCCCAUGGCCCCCUUGACCCUCCGGGGGGCUGCCGCCCCUCCAACUCGGACAGCGGGCGCUCAUCCUCCAGCAAGAGCACGGGCUCGCUGAGCGGCCGGGGCCGGCCCUCCUCAGAGAGUGGCUCCUGCGGGCGCUCCCCCCUGCCUGGCGAGGAGGCCGUGCUGGUGCGGGAGCUGGAGGACAAGCUGCGGGAGAGGGAGGCCGAGCUGCGGCUCCUGUGGGACAGCCUGGAUGAGAAUGAGGUGGCCAUCUGCCAGGUGUUUGAGGAGAAGCAGCGUCGGUGUGAGCAGGAGCUGGAGGGGCUGCGGCAGCGCUGUGCGGCCCAGGCGCGGCAGGCGGCCCACGCAGCACAUCGGGGGCAGCAGGUCCUGCAGCUCCAGGUGCUGCAGUUGCAGCAGGAGAAGAAGCAGCUGCAGGAGGACUUGACCCAGCUGCUGCAGGAGCAUGAACUGCUGGAGCGUCGCUGUGCCUCCUUCCAGCGGGAGCGCACUGAGCUGGCACCCCGGCUGGAGGAGACCAAAUGGGAGGUGUGCCAGAAGUCGGGGGAGAUCUCUCUGCUGAAGCAGCAGCUGAAAGAAGCGCAGGCGGAGCUGGCGCAGCGGGGUGCCGAGCUGCUGGGGCUGCGGGCUCAGCUGCGGGAGGCGCGGGCGCAGCUGCAGGCGGGCGAGCGGCGGGCGCAGGGGCUGCAGGAGGCCGCCCGCCUCAAGGCGCUGGAGCUGGAGGUCUGUGCCAAUGAACUGCAGCGCCGCAAGAGCGAGGCCGACCUCUUCCGCGCCAAAGCCGGCCGGCUCGAGCAGGAGGUGGUGGGGCUGCGGGAAGCUGCCCGCGGGCGAUGCCCACCAGGCACCGGUGAAGGGUGCCCCCCGCCUGGGGAAGGAUGCCCCCCUGCCAGCGAGGAGCCCCGGAGCAGCGCGGGGCUGCGGCGGCAGCUGGAGCGGCUGCGGGCGGAGGUGGCGCUGGAGCGGCGGCGUGGGCAGGAGCAGCGGGAUGCCUUCGAGCAGGAGCGCGGCACGUGGCAGGGCGAGAAGGAGCGCGUCAUCCGCUACCAGAAGCAGCUGCAGUACAGCUACAUCCAGAUGUACCGGCGCAACCGGCGGCUCGAGCAGCGGCUCCAGCAUCUCCGGCUUCAGGGCGAGGACCCCCUGCCCGAGCCCUGUGACCCACCGGACCCGCCCUUUGAGGAGAUAACAGCCACCGAGAUCUGAGAU